AUGAAAUACAAGGAAGGCAAAUCCUUGGCAGAUCACUUGAACGAAAUUCAAGGGAUCGUGGAUCAGUUGUCCGGUAUGGGCAUAAAAAUGGAAGAUGAGGUCGUCGCUCUCCUGGUUCUGGCUUCCCUUCCAGAAUCGUGGGAGACACUGAAAAUUUCACUUACCAACUCUGCGAAAGAUGGAGUUAUCAACAUGGAGAUGGUCAAAAGCGGAGUUCUGAAUGAAGAGAUGCGGAAAAGAUCACAAUGUGCAUCCUCAUCAUCUUCCCAGUCAGACCUUUUGGUGGUAGAUUCUAGAAGCAGAGGAAGAAGUGAAGCGAGAGGCUCGAAGCAAAGAGGCAAGAGUCGAGGGAAGUCCAACAAGUUUGCCAACAUCCAAUGUCAUCAUUGCAAGGAGAAGGGCCACAUCAGAAGAUUUUGCCCAAAGUUCAGAAACGAAAGAAGAAAGGGCAAACGAGAUGAGAACAGUGACGAUGAUGGUGCAAACUCUGUUGAUGAGUUCAAUAUUGUCUACGAGGAAGAUGUUGUCAACCUGACAACCCAGGAGACUAGCUGGGUGGUUGAUAGUGGUGCUACCAUUCACGUGACAUCCAAGAGAGAUUUUUUCUCAUCUUACACACCAGGUGACUUUGGUGUGGUAAGAAUGGGAAAUGGCAACCUUUCCAAAGUUAUUGGCAAAGGAGAAGUCUGUUUGGAGACGAAUGGUACGAAGCUGCUGCUGAAGGAUGUCAGGCAUGUUCCAGAAAUGCGCCUGAAUCUCAUCUCUGUAGACAAGUUGGAUGAGGAAGGUUACUGCAACACCUUCCACAAUGGCCAGUGGAAACUCACCAGAGGCUCCUUGGUGUUGGUCAAGGGCAAGAAGCUGUCAAAGAUGUAUGUGACGGAAGCCAAGAUCUCCCCAGAGAUUGUCAACUCAGCCGAGAAUGGUGACACAAUUGAAUUGUGGCACAAACGGCUCGGUCACAUGAGUGAGAAGUCCAUGGCAAAACUGGCCCAGAAGAAAGCCAUAGCUGGGUUGGAUCAUGUUCAUAUAAAGAAGUGUGUCGAUUGUCUAGCGGGAAAGCAAAACCGAGUUGCUUUCAAAAGUACCAUCCCUUCAAGAGCAAAGAAUGUGUUGGAUCUAGUUCACUCAGAUCUCUGUGAACCCGAUGUCAACGUCAAAUCACUUGGAGGUGCCAGAUAUUUCGUGACAUUCAUUGAUGACCAUUCACGGAAGACCUGGGUGUAUACCUUGAAGACCAAGGAUCAGGCCCUAGACGUUUUCAAGCAAUUCCUGGCCUUGGUGGAGAGGGAAACUGGCAAGAAGCUGAAGUGCAUCCGGACCGACAAUGGUGGAGAGUACAGAGGUCCGUUUGCUACCUUCUGCAAGGAACAUGGAAUUCGGCAACAAUUCACACCACCAAAGACGCCGCAAUUGAAUGGGCUAGCUGAGAGGAUGAACAGGACUCUGCUAGAGAGAGUCAGGUGCCUGUUAUCACACUCGAAGCUACCACAAUCCUUCUGGGGGGAGGCACUGCUUGCAGCAGUUUAUGUGUGGAACAGGUCACCUAGUGUGCCACUGAAGUAUGACGCUCCAGAGAAGGUGUGGACAGGAAAAGAAGUUUCCUACAAACAUUUGCGGGUGUUUGGUUGCAAGGCCUUUGUCCAUAUUCCAAAGGAUGAAAGGUCAAAGCUGGAUUCCAAGACGAGACCGUGCGUAUUCAUCGGCUAUGGUCAAGAUGAGUUUGGCUAUAGAUUCUUUGAUCCAAUCCAGAAGAAGCUUAUCAGAAGUCGUGAUGCUGUGUUCAUCGAAAAUGAGACCAUCAAAGAUAUUGUUGCUAGGAAAGACGUUCCUAGUACUGAUGCUAGCCAACCAAGCCUUGGGCUAGUACCUCCAACGCCGGCGCCUACAGAAGUUGGAGAAGAAGCACAACAUGAUCAGCCUGAGAUAGUUGAACCAGAUGCCCAUGUGGAAGUUCAACCAGAAGAUGCUGAUGACGAUGGUCAACCACCAGCCGGAGAAGGUUCUCCUGUUCGAACGACGAGAUUUGGUAGGGUCACACGACGCUCUACCAGAUAUCCUGAGGCUGAAUAUGUGUCACUUACUGACGGGGGAGAACCAGAAAGCUUCACAGAAGCUAUGAAUGAUGAACACAAGCAAAGGUGGAUAGAAGCCAUGCAAGACGAGAUGGAUUCCUUGUAUGAGAACAACACAUUUGAGCUGGUGAAGUUGCCAAAAGGCAAAAGAGCUUUGAAGAACAAGUCGGUGUUCAAGAUCAAACAUGAUGAACACAACCGUCAGCCACGCUUCAAAGCAAGACUAGUCGUAAAAGGCUUCAGUCAAAGAAAAGGCAUUGACUUUGACGAGAUAUUUUCACCAGUGGUGAAGAUGACAUCCAUCCGCACUGUGCUGGGACUAGCAGCAAGUCUUAACCUGGAGGUUGAGCAAAUGGAUGUGAAAACUCCCUUCCUUCAUGGUGAUUUGGAGGAAGAGAUUUACAUGGAGCAACCAGAAGGCUUCAAGAAAGAGGGAAAAGAGGACUAUGUAUGCAAGCUUCAAAAGAGCUUGUAUGGCUUGAAGUAG